AUGAGCUCUGUGAAAAUCAAACCCCAAACCCUGACCUUCACCAUCAGCGGGAAGGGGCACGAGCCGCAGCUGACAGUCGUGCGCCCGAGCGCUCGCAGCAAGAGGGGAAACGCCGUGCUGCGCUUCAAGCGGCUCCAGCUGGGGGAUUCAGAGACACUGCCCCUGGUCAUCCGUAACGAUGGCAUCAUACCUGUCAAGGUGUACUGCCCCAGUCAAACUCCCCACCUGCCGCUGUCCCCAGAGCGGGUCGUGGCCGGUGCACGCCGGCCGCUUGGUGCCAGAAACGAGAGCCCCCCUCGGGGCUCGCCCCCCCGCCUCACCGGAUACGUGAAAAAACGAUCAGAGUACGAGGCCCAGAACUGUCCCGGCAACUCGGAGAAUUUAACCAUCCUGAACAACUCCCCCGCGGACGUAGAGGUCCAGUUCUCCUUUGAGAAUGCUGGGGGAGCAGAGACGUUCCUUUUGGACCCUGCCAGCAUGGCACUGAAACCAAAGGAGAAGCAGGAGCUGACCAUUUGGGCAUACCCCACUUCCCCUGGCUUCCUGGAAGACAAACUCAUCUGCAGCAUUGGGAAGAACCCCAACCCAGUGGUCUUCAGCCUGUGCUGCCAUGGGGUGCACAUGAAGCUGGAGGUCAGCCCCCUGGAGCUGUCCUUUGACAAGCUGCUUCUGCACAGGACCGACAGCAGGACCUUGGUCCUGAGAAACUACACCCUGCUGCCCAUGGCCUGGCAGCUCAGUGGGCUGGAUGACCUUGUUGAGGACUUCUCCUUGUCACAAGAUAACGGCACCAUUGCUCCCCGCUCUGAGUUUGAAGUGACGGUGCAUUUCAAGGCCAGGCAGAUUGGCAGCAUGAAGAAGACCCUCCGACUAGAGGUUUCAGAUCCAGAAAACAUCGUGGGGGUUGUUCAGGCUGAAAACAUCAAAAUCUCUGCAGAGGUCUAUGACGUUUCUCUGAGCAUCGACAUGCCCAAAGGUCCAGAUGGAAGCUUGGAAUUUGGAACCAUUCAUGUCCUGGAUAACGUGAAGAAAGUCCUGACUCUAAAGAACAAAGGGCUAUACAACAUUGAGUACAGUUUCACGCUGAAGGGUGCAGGUCCCAGGAUGCAAAAUGUGGCAUCCCACUUCACUGUUGAGCCUCAGUCGGGCCUGCUGACUGCCUCCCAGCGUGGUGUGAAUGUUGAGCUGCUCUUCCACCCCAAAAGUGAAAUCCUCCUCAAGAACAAGCCCAUCCUGUACUGCCAGGUGAUAGAUGCCAGCUCAGGUGGAGGAGGCCAGGCUGUCGCCAACAUCCCAGUGAGGGUGUCGGCAAAAGCUGAGUACAGCAAGUACAGCAUUGAGCCUGCCUCACCCAUCGACUUCGGAGCCAUGAUCAAGGGCACCAAGGAGACCCAGACUGUCGUGCUGGAGAACAAAGGCAUGCUCGGCUUCAAAUUCCGCAUCCGCCGAGCACCCAAGGAGGCAUCCGCAUUGGAAAGCAAAAGCUCUGUGAAAAUCAAACCCCAAACCCUGACCUUCACCAUCAGCGGGAAGGGGCACGAGCCGCAGCUGACAGUCGUGCGCCCGAGCGCUCGCAGCAAGAGGGGAAACGCCGUGCUGCGCUUCAAGCGGCUCCAGCUGGGGGAUUCAGAGACGCUGCCCCUGGUCAUCCGUAACGAUGGCAUCAUACCUGUCAAGUUUAUGUUACUCCUGGAGGAUGAGCAUGCAGCAUUCUUCUUGAAAGGCAGGGCCUCCGCACUCCGGAUAUUCCACGCUGGAGAUGCGGAAGAGGGCUCCGUUGGAAACGAGAGCAAGCCCCCAAAGAAGCCUUUCUUCCUUCUGCCUUGUGGGCAAUCAGCAGAGUUUGGUGUCAUUUUCAAACCCAGCCUGGCUCAACAUCUGGAAGGGAAGAUCCGUGUGUUAGUGGGGGACACCUGGUCUGUCAAGACCCUAAUAGAGCUGGUGGGUGAAGGCCACAAGGACGAAUUCACCCUCAUUGGACUGGAGGAAGACACACAGGAGAGGAAUGCCAAGAUCAAUCUGAAGGAAGACGUCAUUGAUGCUGUCAGAGUGAAUCACAUCAAUUUUGGGGACUGUGCUCUCGGGAAGCCCUGCCACAGGACCUUCAGCAUCAGCAACCACAGCCAGACGAAGGUCAUGCACUUUGAGUGGGAGGCAGGUGCCCCAUUCCAGUUCUCCCCCAAGGUGGGACACCUCCAUCCUGGCUGUGCCAAGGACAUCACAGUGUCCUUGAAAUCAGAUGUCCCAGCCACCUUCAGGAGGCACCUGGUGAAAUGUAAGGUGACCAAGGUCAACUUUGAGCUGCCACAAAGGAAGGUUCCCGACUGGGAUGACCAAAUGCGCGUUGUCCCACGGAAGGAUACCACCAGGAAAGAGCUGGCAGCCAAGUGGCCUAAAACAGAGAAGGCGGUCGAGACAGUCCCAGAAGCGGCUCACGCUGUGGUGGAGGAGAGCAGCCAGGAGGCCGAGGUGUACCUCAGUGCUGUUGUUGCCUACGCCCAGUUUGAGCUGAACACGGACAUGGUUCUGUUCAAGGAUACCUUGCCCUUCCAGACAAGGACAGCCACUUUCACGAUGCACAACACAGGCGAGGUAGCUCUGAAAUACUUCUGGGAGAAAGCUGCAGAGAGUGAACCAGCCAAGAAGCCAUACUCAACCACUCUGAUGCGUCGGUUCCUCUCUUAUGAUACUGUAAAGCAUCGCAGAAAGCUGCUGUGUCUUUUCCGGUGGGAGCAGGACCAUCCUUCUGAGACGCAUCCUAAAGUGGAGCAGCUGCAGCAGCUUGCCAAGCAGCAGAAGGAUUCUGAGCAGCUGGAGGAGCAGGAUUCCCAGCAGCUGGAGGAGCAGGAUUCCCAGCAGCAGCAGGAGCAGCUCGAGCAGCAGCAGGAGCAGGAUUCUGAGCAGGACCAGGAUUCUGAGCUGGAUUCUGAGCAGGAGCAGGAUUCUGAGCAGGAUUCCGAGCAGCAGGAUCAUGUCAGCCCCUCCCUGGAAGUCUUUCCAGAUGUUGUCCACGAGGUCUUCUCCAUCAACCCCUACCAUGGCAUCAUCGCUCCUGGCCAGAAGCAGACCUUUCACGUGCGGUUCUGCCCGCAGUGCACGGGGAUGUUUAAGACCACCAUGCUGUGCAGGAUUCCUAACCUGAAGCCAGAUCAGAAGAUGGCGUGGGUGAUGGUGAAAGGCAGAGCCUGGGAGCAGAAGAGUCUGGGUGAACCAUUAGAGCAGACAGAGUAAGGCCAGGGACCCGAGAAGGAGGUGCUCUGGAGAGCAGCACCUGAGUGACAGCGUUUGUGUCAGCUCCAGCAUCCGUCAGUGCCUGCUGCUGCUGCUGGUCUCCCACCCUUCACCAGAGACCUCUGCAGCUACCCUCCCAAGUUCCAGUGAACACCUCUGUCCUACCUUUUAGUUAGCUAAGUUAAUUAACUACUUGUUGAUUAGAUUGAUAAGUAAUAGAUAACUGUCAGUUAAGUGUUAAUAAACAAUUGUUAAUAAAUUG